AUGGCCCCAACAGGGCGGGUGACGCCCGAGGCGACGCUGCCUGGGGAACUGGCGAGGUGCGGGGAGACCGUUGUGCCUAGCGAAGAGGCGGAUUCCGGUGCAUGGCCCCGGGAGGCGUGCCCAUCUCUUUCACAGGCGGAGGUGCGAGGGGUCGAGGCGGCGAGGGCACUGACUAAAGGAAGCCAGCAGGGGAUGCUGCGUUUGGGCUCCCCUCCAAUUCCGGCCUCUACUGGCCACGAUCACACUGGGCCCGUGGGCUCCCUGGUUGCAAUGGUAUCCCCCAUGCCCGAUCUACAUGGCGGGCCUGAUGAAACCGGCGCGGCCCACAUUCACUCCGGGCCGGACCUGGAAUGUUUCCUUGAGGAGAUAUCAGCCAAUCCUGGAGCCCAUCAGAGUCCACCUCUCGGCAACUCCACCCAGCAAACCAUCGCCACGAACUGGUUGGUGCCAAUGCCGCCCCUGCCGCCGGUGGUAUGCCGUCGCACGGAAGACCAUGCGCUGACGCCACCGCCCGGACUGACUAUGGACGGAGGGCCGGCCGGAUGCCCGCCACGGCUGCCUCAGUCGCCAGUGGCCGGGGCAACGGCGGUGACCCCGUCAUCGCCGCUCGCGACGCUGACGGCCGGCGCGCCAGGAACGCCGCCGGCCGACGCGCCUGUAAGGACGCCGCCCCCCUCUCCUGGUCUACUCCCGUCGCCCCAGGUCGAGCGCCAGGGAAGGGGAGCCUGGCUCUGCUGCCCCGGGUGA